AUGAUUGCAGAUUCAAUGAGUUCUUCGACGUUGAUUCCGCAACGAUUGUGUUACGGCCCUACCGGGAGUGCCACCAGCGACAAGGCCGUCUUGACGCUCAAAGAUGUCACAGCGCCUGGAUUCCGUGAGGGCUGCUAUGGGGUCUGCCACUACCCUGCCGAGGCCUUGGGCGGCUGCGUCGGUCCGCUGGCCUUCGACCAGAUGCUGUGGUUCGGCCUCGAGCUCGACACCCGUCUCAAGGAUCCUAGCAAGUUCGUCGCGGUCCAGUAUGAGGCCGAGGAGCGCCAGAACGUUGCCGUUCUGACUGGUGCUUACCUCGUGCUCGGACAGGGCUGGUCUGCCAACGAGGUGUGCAUUGCUCUCCCUGAAGACGCUGCUUUGACCUUGCCGUGUUCGUGGAUCGACCCGGGGGAUCUGAAGACCAGCCACCCCCGGACGCCCAGCAUGGUGGUCCAGGACUGCUGGGAGGGUGUUCAGAUGGCCCGGGAUCUGGGGUGGUUAAGCAAGGACAGCGUCCAGGAUGGUGUCAUGACCUCCCUCGCAGCCAGCAAGUUCUGGAAGACCACCUACCAGUACGAUGGGGCCUGGCUGGUGCCGGGCGAUGUCUUCGUCAUGGCGGACCCCAUGACGACCAUCAAGGACCCCGACCCUGUGACCUGCGCCGCCUUCUGCAGGGAACGCUGCGCCGAUCCCGCCCCGGAGGAGGACAGCCUGGACGAGAUCCGGGGGAUCAGCAAGUGCACCGCCUCGUCGAGGGCCCAGCUGCCAGCGAGUGCCAGCUUGCCCGAGGAGGGGGCCGCCUGCUGGAGCGACGUGGGGAUCUCCGGCGCCGUCGGCGAGGAGGCGAAGCCUGGCGCCAGCAGCGAGCCGCUGGGGCACCUGGGGGCCGGCGACCAGCUGGCGGGCAUGUCGACGCACACCGUGUGCAAGGCCUACCGCCCCGGGGCCGGGGGCGGCAGGGGCCACGGCGAGUGGCCCGAGGCCAAGCCUUUCGUGGACUUCCUCCUGGAGGAGGGCAUCCGGGCCGUGGUGCGCGUGAACAAGCCAGACGAGCGAGGACUCGCGGAGAUUGGGGGGAGUUACGAUGCGGGGCUGCUGACCAGCUUCGGGAUCCGGCACGCAAACGUCUUCGUCAGCGACGCCACCAGCGACGGCGCGGGGGCCGUGCCCCCCGAUCUUGCUGUCAGGCGUUUCCUCAGCUUUGCCCGGGACACGAAUAUGAAUCCCGACGGUGGUAGCGCCAUCCUGGUUCACUGCAAAGGCGGCUUCGGCAGGAGCGUGUUCUUGGCCUGUAUACUGGUUAUACACAAGUACAGCGUCUCAGGCCGUGGGCUCCUCGGCUGGGCGCGGAUUGCGCGUCCAGGCGCAAUCACGACUCCAGAGCAGGAGGCCGUGCUGCGCUCCCUCUCGGGCCGGGCGGACCUCUCCAGGAGGUAUGGCGUCUCCUGCGAGGGCGAGUGCAGCAUGUCGAGGACGCCAGCUUGCUGCACAGUGAGCUAA